CCUUAUCUCUUCCACUCUCAGUAUAUUCUGUUCCUUCAUUGGAACUCCCCUCCUUUUCAUCAAUUUUUUUAAAAAAAAUAAAACCCCAGAAAUAUCUGCCAUGAUCAAUUAAUCCUAUCUCCAUCAAAGGGAACGAGGAAGAUAAAUCAAUAUGAAGAGAGAUCACCCAGACCCAGAUAGUUGUGGUAAUACUAGCUAUGGCAGUAAGGGUAAGAUGUGGGAGGAAAGCCAAGAUGCAGGUGGCGUCGAUGAGUUGUUGGCGGUUUUGGGUUACAAGGUUCGGUCCUCUGACAUGGCUGAUGUGGCACAGAAGCUUGAGCGGCUUGAGAUGGUCAUGGAUUCUGCUCAAGAGGAUGGGAUUUCUCAUCUUGCUUGCGAUACUAUUCACUAUAAUCCUUCCGAUCUGUCUGGAUGGGUGCAUAGCAUGCUCUCCGAGCUCAACACUACCAAUCUUGAUCCGGGUCUGGAUCCUCUGCUUGGCCCAACGAAUUCCUCCAUUUCUCAACGGCAACAUCACUCUCGCGUUUAUCCGGAUGAUUCUGAUCUUAGUGCAAUCCCUGGUCCCGUCGUUCUCUCCCAACCUGAAUCAGAAAUUGAAAAUGGCAGGAAGAGAAUGAGAACUUCAAUUGGGUCUGAUUCUGCGGCGCUCGUGGUACCACAAAUACAAUCCUCAUCUGCUUCAACAAUUGCAGUUUCCGAUGGUACUGAUGAUUCGUCCGAAUCAGCCCGACCCGUGGUGUUAAUUGACUCUCAGGAGACAGGUGUCCGGCUGGUCCACACCCUCAUGGCUUGUGCAGAGGCAGUUCAACAGGAAAAUUUGAAGUUCGCGGAUGCACUGGUGAAGCACGUUGGGAUCCUGGCGGCUUCACAAGCCGGCGCGAUGAGGAAGGUCGCCACAUACUUCGCCGAAGCCUUGGCUCGCCGGAUUUACAAGAUUUACCCUCAAGACUGCCUCGAUUCCUCAAGUAAUGAUAUACUCCAGAUGCACUUCUACGAGAGCUGUCCGUAUCUAAAAUUCGCUCACUUCACCGCCAAUCAAGCCAUUCUCGAAGCUUUUGCAACGGCAAACAGCGUCCACGUCAUCGAUUUCGGGCUCAAACAGGGGAUGCAAUGGCCGGCACUCAUGCAAGCACUAGCAUUACGACCCGGCGGCCCACCGUCUUUUCGGUUGACGGGGAUCGGACCACCACAGCAGGAUAACACCGAUGCGCUACAACAAGUUGGGUGGAAACUAGCCCAACUCGCCGAAAGAAUUGGGGUCGAAUUCCAGUUUCGUGGAUUCGUCGCGAAUAGCUUGGCGGAUCUGGAAGCGAAUAUGCUCGAGAUCCGACCCGCAGAGGUGGAGGCGGUGGCGGUUAACUCGGUAUUCGAGCUUCACCCCUUACUCACUCGUCCCGGUGGGAUUGAGAAGGUACUUUCAUCAAUGAAAGCCUUGAAACCCAAAAUCGUUACCGUGGUCGAACAAGAAGCGAACCACAACGGUCCGGUUUUUGUAGACCGGUUCACGGAGGCACUGCAUUAUUACUCGAGCUUGUUUGACUCGUUGGAGGGGUCGUCCGGGUUGGCGGCGCCGAGUCAAGACCUGGUAAUGUCGGAGUUAUACUUGGGGAGACAGAUAUGCAACGUGGUGGCAUGUGAAGGGCCGGACCGAGUUGAACGACACGAGACGUUAACUCAGUGGCGGAGUCGGAUGGAAUCGGCGGGGUUCGAGGCGGUUCAUUUGGGAUCGAACGCUUUCAAGCAAGCAAGCAUGUUGUUGGCUCUGUUCGGUGGCGGUGAUGGGUACAGAGUGGAAGAGAAUGAUGGGUGUUUAAUGCUGGGGUGGCACACACGGCCGCUUAUCGCCACCUCCGCUUGGCAACUCCAUAACGAGUCAAGCGAGUUGAGCGGACUGACUCAACAUAACUCGUCUACUUUUUAAUCUGAGUUGAGAGCGGGGUUAAAAACCAGUUGUGAAAUUCCAGUUUUUGUUACCCUUCUACCUCUUGCUCUUUUACACUAGUCAACUCCUGUUUUUUUUUUUUUUUUU